AUGGGGGACGUGCAUAACAGGAGGAGCCCUCCCUUCCCAUCGCCAACAGAGACUGUGUCGCCCGUUGCGGUAUCGCAACCUCCCCUCCUACAAGCCCCGCGGUCGCCGAAAUAUCCCCUGGACCAUGAUCAUGCAGGUAGAUCCAAGGAUGGACUUUUACUCGGGCUAGAUGGAUUAGCGAAGUCGACAACCCGCAAACCUCGUUUUUCGCGGGGCGAUUCUGCCGAGCAGGUUUCCAGCCUAACACCGAUCACAGAGGAUACACGAUCUAUCGGCGAGCGACAGGAAGACCAGGGUCGGAGUUCACAAACUUUGAAGGAGCUGCGAAGACAGAUGGAAGAGCUCCUUGUGUAUCAACAAAUGCAGCAACAACAGGCCCCAAACCAGGUCCCUUCUGGACAGUUGAACGAGCCUCCCAAGAAACGAUGCCUAUCCACCUCGUCUGUGACAGACCUGCCCAACGCGAUCGCGCAACCUUCAUCUGGCUCACUGGGCUCCGGAGGGACUAUCAAAGCCCCAUCCCCCAACCAAAGUGCUGUCCAAACACCUUGUUACCCCUUCCCCAGAGUACAAGACUCGAUGAAACCUAGCUCGGAGCAAGCAGGACGUGAUGGCCAGUUUCGCUUGAAACUUCCAUCCGAAAAGCUGAGGUCGUCAGGAUCCCAAUCACCAGAGGAGAAACCCACCCCCGUACAGCCUUCGUUUCCACCAAGCUUUCUACCAGCCCAAGCAACCGCUAUACCCGAUGAUCCAGAUUUUGCCACUCCCAAUUUGUACGAUUUGACGCUGAAGCUGAAUGCGGAUGCCGGGUUAGAUGGAUGGUGGUCGAACCUCGUUGAUAUUCUGCAAGCAAAUUACGGCGCCGAGCGGGUAUCACUUGCGGUUCCAGGCGAUGCGACAGAUCUAGAGAAUGUGCCAUGGGGUCAAAAGGCGAUAUUCAAUCAACAUGGUAGCCCAUCAGUAGAUGCUGGCCAGACACCAUAUUCGCAUGACUAUGUACCACCGGACACACCUGUCGUGCGGACUUUUAGCAACGAGACAAACCUGGCAUCGGAUGAGAUCUCGACCACUUUCUCGAGCUCUUCCGCGAAGGCUUCAUCUCGACCUCCCUUGUCUUCGCGUCAUUCUUUUGCCGGGUUUGGCCAUGGGAAAAAGCAGCCUCUGGACCAGGGUUCAUCCCAGCAACUGUUGAAGUCCAACAGCAUCAAAUUGGAGAAAAAGCAUGCUCGUAUUGCAGAUGAAUUCUCGGCCGAUAUUGCGCCAUGUUCGAGCAGUCAGCGUCCUCAACCACAAACCGAAGCGAGUGAGGCUCCGGACAACUUGACCCCUGUGCGACAGGCAGUGUUUCCUAUAUCAAGACCUUUGGAGGUUGAGUCAGACCCUCUCAUCAAACGUACUGGUGUAGUGAAGCUGUUUGGCCGAACAAGCCCUGUCAUCCUCACGCGAGAAUAUUCAGAGAGCUCAGCCCAUGUUUUUAGCAAGCUAGCCCGGAGUCCACUAGAGACCGUCCAAGUUACGCCAGGGACUGAACCGCCCAGGACUCAUGUAACUGCUCCAGCGGUUUCUUUGCAACAGGAACCUGCGACUAGCCUUGCUGCCUUGGGCCUACGACAAUAUGAUGAAUACGAGCAGGCCCCCCAGUCACCGUGGUCCCAAUCCCCUGCGCCUUCUCCAGCACCUCGCACACAUGCCGACCAAAACCCUUUCUUCACAAGUCAUGCAGUCGACGAAGGUGCAUUUGAGAAGAAUCCACCUGCCCAUGAUUACUCCAACACACGUCCGUUAGAGGCCAUUGGAGUCGACCACUCCAAGACCGUGAUUCACAUCCCUCUCUUACACCGGGGUCGCUCUGACCAACCCUCCUCGUCAACUUUAAUGUUUCCUGUGGCCGUUAUCUCCUUGCUGUCCACAAUUAUGCCAUACCCGCCCAACCUUCGUAGAUCCCUCACAGAUCUCAUGCCUCACUUAACGACCUCGUUUUGCUUGGCUCAGCAAUAUAGUCAACUCGAACGUCAACUGACGACAAAGGUGGAAAUUCCACGUUACGGUCAUUUAUUAGGUCUUGGUGGCACCUUCUCUGAUGCGAGCAGCGAGCUGGAACUCGUCGCAGGAUUGAGUGGCCAUGUCAGUUAUUCUGUUGGGGAUGAGGGCUCUGUAUCCGCCCGAGCAAGUGUCGCCAGUCCAAGUGACCGCUCGUCUACAAAGUUUAGCCCUGCUAUCUCAAGCUUUGGAACUCCUGGUUUUGAACUUGGCCACGCAGGACUGGGUUCAGCAGGUCUAUCCCCAGCAAUCACAGGACGCGACAUCACCGACAGUUAUUUCACUGCUCAGCAUCCCAAGCAUCCCCGUGAAAACGGAGCGCAAUAUCGACAACGGAUACCUAAAGCUAAGAUGAAGCCUGCCGAAUCAACUCCGACUUCUCCCGGGAAAUUCACUGGAAGCGCAUCCAAUAUUGAAGAAACCAAUCCCCAAGAUCCGAGCCUUUCUAUGACAUCUCAAAUGCAAGAUAUGAGACCGCCAUCACUGGUCUCUCCGACGCAACCAUCGUCGCGACAAGCAUCGACAAAUUCAUUUUAUGCUCAGCUGCAACGUGAACUACCCCGUCCUUUUUCUGACACUAUAGCACAGCUGAUGCUCAAUUCGAUUCCACUUCAUCUCUUCCUGGCCAAACCCCAGAGCGGCGAAGUGAUAUGGACCAACUCUAAAUUUGAUGCGUUCCGGAGGAGCAAGCCCCAGGAACAGAGGUUGCGAGAUCCUUGGCAAAAUAUUCACAGCAGUGAGCGAGAUCAUGUUUUUAGUGAAUGGGAAAAUGCUUUGCGAACAGGCUCCCAGUUCACUGAAAGAGUACGCGUGAGACGGUUCAACGAUGAGGGUGCGUAUCGCUGGUUCAUCUUUCGAGCAAACCCGUUGCUGUCUUCAACCGGAGAAGUUCUUUACUGGAUCGGCUCUUUCCUUGACAUCCAUGAGCAGCAUUCUGCUGAGCUAGUAGCCGCUCAGGAGAGGGAGAAGUUUGCCACUGAUGCCAAAUACCGGGCAUUCUCGAAUUCAAUCCCCCAAGUUGUAUUUGAGGCGACUGAAAACCGUGGCCUGAUAUUUGUUAAUGAACAAUGGAACUUGUACACCGGACAGCCGCUCGAGGAGGCUCUCGAUCUGGGAUUUGCCAAGCAUGUUCAUCCAGAUGAUUUGGAGAAAUGUGGCGGACUCUCCUCAAACACGCGACGUAAUACCCAUGGAUCCGCUGAGAGAAACAAAUCUGCAGAUGGAGGAAGCGGCCAUGCUUCCGAAGUGCACGGUGUUUCAUCCGCACUGGACGAACUUGUGAGGCGUGGCGUUGCAUCUUUGCAGAAAGAUGAAAAUGGACGUGUCUUUUAUUCCACUGAAAUUCGACUUCGGUCCCGAGGAGGUGAUUUCCGAUGGCAUUUGGUUCGCUUGGUUCUUGUUGAAACAAGCAGCUUCGGCAGUGAAGAAGCCUCGUGGUACGGCACUUGUACUGACAUAAAUGACCGCAAAAACCUUGAGCGUCAACUCAAUAAGACAAUGGAGUCUAAGACAAAGUUCUUCAGUAACAUGUCACACGAGAUCAGAACCCCUCUUAACGGAAUUCUUGGUACCAUCCCAUUCAUCCUUGAUACGCAGCUUGACAGCGACCAGAGGAGAAUGCUGGAUACCAUCCAGAACAGCUCUAUCAAUCUUCGUGAAUUGGUGGACAAUAUUUUGGAUGUUUCUCGUGUUGAGGCCGGCAAGAUGUCUCUAGUCAGCUCUUGGUUCCAUGUCCGAUCCAUGAUUGAGGAUGUGAUUGACACUAUCGCUUCCCGAGCCAUUGAUAAAGGUCUCGAGAUCAAUUACCUGAUGGCUCAAGAUGUGCCAUCAAUGGUUAUCGGUGAUCGAUUCCGUAUCCGCCAAGUCCUCAUCAAUCUUGUCGGCAAUGCGGUCAAGUUUACCGCUCAGGGCGAAAUCUAUAUCUGCUGUAAUCUCAGUCAUGACGCGUCGCUCAACAUUGAACCCACUGAGACUUUCUUGGAAUUUGAUGUUGUAGAUACCGGCAAAGGUUUCAGCCAGACUGAUGCGGACCGUCUCAUGCAAAGAUUUAGUCAAUUGGGAGAGAAUGGGUCACAGCAAAAUGCUGGAAGUGGACUCGGAUUGUUCCUGUCCAAGCAGCUUGUUGAAAUGCAUGGCGGCAAGCUCACGCCCAGCAGUAUGGAAGGCAAAGGAGCCAAAUUCUCCUUUAACGUCAAGGUUGAUGCUCCCUCUCCUCCAUCACCUUCUGAGAGACCCAAUUUACUCCGCCAAGCCUCGACUGCCUCUAGAAGACCAGUGACAUCUAGGACAACAUCUUACGAUCAAUAUGCACUGUCCCCGCUGCGGAACUUUGAUCCUAAGUUACAGGAUCCGUCCACUCUCUCCCCGGGGCUUGAUUCUCCUGCAUCAUGGUCUCACUCACCCACCUUUAGCAACACUGGCGCAAGCUCUGACACCAAGGGCGUGAACUUGCAGUCGUCGACCUAUUCUGCUCCCCCAACUCCGGAUAUUUUUACUGCUCAGUCACCAACAUUGAACUUGCCAAAAACCGAGGGACAUGCGCAUACAAACCCGCAACAAUCCAGCACAGAAAGUUUAGAUGGUUCUGUAACAAACCCUCCCGUUCGUUCGACUCCACCAGUCAGCAUUUCUGAAGCUCCUACCAAAGUGUCCACAACGGCUGGAGUUGCUCCGCAAGGUUCUAUUUCGAUUUUUAUCCUAUGUCCCCUUGACAAUACACGGCGAUCGACAAAGCAACACAUCCAGCAAGUUGUACCACACGAGGUUCCUUACAAGAUCACUACUUUGUCGGAUGUUGAUGAGUGGAAGGACAUGACGCAAUCGGGCUCCAAUGUGCCUUGCACCCAUCUGGUUCUCAAUCUGCCUGCGACCGAUGACAUUUUGGAGGUUAUCCAACAUGUGUCCGAGUGUGAGCCCAACAAUGCUCCUGUGAUCGUGAUCAUCUCAGAUUUGUACCAGAAACGUCAGAUCAGUACUCGCGUCAAAGAGCUGGCUACCUCGGGAAAGAAGGUCUUCAUCGUGCCGAAGCCUGUCAAGCCCUCUGCUUUCUCGACCAUCUUCGAUCCCGAGAGCAAACGCGAGCUGAGCAAGGAUCGCAAUCAGGAUAUGGCUCGCGAAAUCAACAACAACUUCAAAUCCAUGUCCAAGAUGGUCAAGGAACAGCUUGGAAACAAGGGGUAUCGCAUCUUACUCGUUGAAGAUGACGAGACCAACCGUGAUGUUAUGCUGAAAUACCUUGACAAAAUCAAGCUGAUGUCGGAGACUGCAUCCAAUGGCCAAGAGGCUAUCGAUAUGGUCUUCUCCAAAGAGCCGGGCUACUUCUCUCUCAUUAUUUGUGAUAUUCAAAUGCCCAUCAAGAACGGAUACGAUACCUGUCGAGACAUCCGUGCCUGGGAGCAAAAGAACCACUACCCCCAGAUUCCGAUCAUGGCUCUGUCAGCCAAUGCGAUGACAGAACAAAUCGAGAAUGCCGCACGUGCGGGCUUCAAUGACUAUGUCACUAAGCCCAUCAAGCAUAACGAACUGGGCAAAAUGAUGAUGGGACUUCUCAACAGCCAUCAACCACUUCUCCUUCUUCGAGAUCGGUUGCAUCCUGGCAAUCCACAAACCACUACUCGCCGUUAG